CUGAAAUUCACGAGAAUAACGAAUUUUCACACACGUAAAUCAGCGGUUAGCGUUGUCGAAUCAAUUCUCUUCUCUUUUCCCCCAACAUUGUUGAAUUGUUGUGUGCUUUAGCAUAAAAGGACAUCACAUUCUUCUUUCCAAACACUCUUCUUCUCUUUUACCGUCGGAUCUCCGACAUUAUUUUAAGUCUUUUCCCCUAUCUUUCCUCUGAUCCCGAUCUGUUACCUCAUUUUUUUUCUUCAUUCUCAUCCUUCUUUUUUCGAAAUUUUUAAUCACCUGUCUUUGUAGUUAGGAACGACGAGAUCUGAUCUCUACCGUAAUGGCGAGGAGUAAGGCGGUGGUGAGUGGUAGUCAUCAUGGGAUAUGGAAAUAUUUCAACCCAGCUUAUUAUCUCAGAAGGCCUAGGCGUCUUGCUCUUCUUUUCUUCCUCUUCCUCUCCGUUUCCAUGGUCCUUUGGGAUCGUCAUUCUCUCUCCCGUGAUUACCAGCUUGAAGUUUCCAAGUUAAAUGAAGAAGUUAUGCGGUUGCAGCUGUUGUUAGAAGAUGUAAAAAGCGUCGUCACGGAGGAUGUAUCUGUGAAUAGUACAUUGAUGGAUGUCCAGGAAGAUCCGCUUGAUGCCCAGAGAAUGCAGAGAGUAAAAGAAGCAAUGAUUCAUGCUUGGAGUUCAUACGAAAAGUAUGCCUGGGGACAAGAUGAGCUUCAGCCCCAGACAAAAGAUGGAGUUGACAGCUUUGGUAGCCUGGGAGCAACUAUGAUAGAUGCAUUAGAUACACUCUACAUAAUGGGUCUAGAUGAGCAGUUUCAAAAAGCCAGGGAGUGGGUUGCAACCUCAUUAGAUUUCGACAAGGAUUAUGACGCCAGUAUGUUCGAGACAACUAUAAGAGUGGUGGGAGGGCUUCUCAGCGCGUAUGAUCUUUCUGGGGAUAAACUUUUCCUUGAUAAGGCUAAGGAUAUAGCAGACAGAUUAUUGCCAGCAUGGGACACUCCCUCGGGUAUACCAUAUAACAUUAUCAACUUGAGACAUGGAAAUGCUCACAAUCCUACAUGGGCAGGGGGAGACAGUAUUCUUGCAGAUUCUGGUACUGAACAGCUCGAGUUUAUUGCCCUUUCCCAGAGGACGGGAGACCCAAAAUAUCAACAAAAGGUAGAAAAGGUUAUUUCAGUACUAAAUAAGAACUUCCCUGCUGAUGGUCUACUUCCGAUUUAUAUAAGUGCCGAGACAGCUAAUCCAUCGCACUCUACCAUAACAUUUGGUGCCAUGGGAGACAGCUUUUAUGAAUAUUUGCUCAAAGUUUGGGUGUUUGGGAGCAAAACUUUAUCAGUGAAACACUAUAGGGAUAUGUGGGAGAAAUCAAUGAAUGGUCUGGUAAGCUUGGUUAAGAAAUCAACACCUUCGUCGUUUACAUAUAUCUGUGAGAAGAGUGGAACCUCUUUGUCGGACAAGAUGGAUGAGUUGGCAUGCUUUGCUCCUGGAAUGUUGGCUUUAGGAGCAUCUGGGUAUAAUGAUCCCGCUGAAGCAAAGAAGUUUCUCACCCUUGCUGAAGAGCUUGCAUGGACAUGUUAUAACUUCUACGAAUCAACACCAACAAAACUGGCUGGGGAGAAUUAUUUCUUCAACUCUGGGAGUGACAUGAGUGUUGGAACAUCGUGGAACAUUUUGAGACCAGAAACUGUGGAAUCACUGUUUUACCUCUGGCGGUUAACUGGUAACAAGACAUAUCAAGACUGGGGAUGGAAUAUAUUUGAAGCGUUUGAGAAGAACUCUCGCAUAGAGUCUGGAUAUGUCGGUUUAAAGGAUGUUAAUACAGGAGUUAAGGACAACAAGAUGCAAAGUUUCUUCCUUGCUGAGACGCUCAAGUAUCUCUAUCUCCUCUUCUCCCCCACAACGGUGAUUCCCUUGGACGAGUGGGUAUUCAACACAGAAGCUCAUCCACUUAAGAUUGUGCCCUGGAAUGAUCAGGUGAAUCUCGGACAAUCCACGGCCGUGCAGCAACGCAAACCAACAAUUAGAUUACGCCAGAGGCGGAUUGGUCGGAUGACAAACAAGUAAGCACGGUCGCUCGCUUGAGAGAUCACAGUGUAAAUUCUUGCAUUGUGAUUCAUAGGAGUGUGGAUCGUUGGAAAUUUCUUAACUGACCAAUGAGGAUUUUGGCUUUGGCUAUUCGAAGACCCCUGUAAUAUGUGGUCUCUGUUGCUUUUAUUCAAGGAACCAUUUUUCAAAAAAAGAUUUCAAGAUGGACACUAUGUUAUAUUAGUUGUUUUGGCUUUUGGCUA